AUGUUUGCCUUGUUUACGAAGAUAAAAGAGCGAGUGGAAAACUUUUUGAACGAGAAAAACUGUGUGACUGAUGCCCUAACGAAAAUUGAGGAGAAAACUGGCAUUAAAAAGCGAUAUCUCGCCCUGGGAGCAGUGUCAGUGACUGGUCUCUAUUUGGUGUUUGGAUAUGGAGCUUCUCUCCUCUGUAACCUCAUCGGUUUUGUCUACCCAGCAUACUUCUCUAUUAAGGCUAUUGAGAGUCCAAAUAAAGAUGACGACACACAGUGGCUGACGUACUGGGUGGUGUAUGGGAUCUUCAGCCUGGGCGAAUUCUUCUCUGACAUUUUCCUCUACUGGUUCCCUUUCUAUUAUAUAUGCAAGUGUCUGUUUCUGCUCUGGUGUAUGGCCCCCGUGUCGUGGAACGGUUCUCAGAUCCUGUACAGGAACGUGGUGCGUCCGUUCUUCCUGAAACACGAGGCUACGGUGGACAACAUGGUCAGCGACCUGAGCGGCAAGGCCAUGACGGCAGCAGAGAGCGUCACCCGGGAAGUUCUCUCCACUCUGGUGAGAAACAGGACCAUUCAUCCAUCUGAACCUGCUGCCAAAGAACUGCCCAGCACUGCUCCUGUCCUGAGUGGACUAAUUAAGAGCAUGCUGAUCAUGCUACACUAA